GGAUUUUCCACAUACACUCUGAGAGCAUGAGAGAGAGGUAAUUUUUUGGUGAUAAAGAGGGGACCCAUACAGGAGUUACUUGGCACUGUGCGAACGCAGUCGAGAAUCGGCCUCCGACAGAAUUGGAUUUGUUGGUGGUGAAUUUUCUUUUUAAAGAACAAAAAAAAUUGAGAGAUAAAAAAACUGAUAAGUGAUUUUCCUUAAGAUAAGAGACUUUUGUAUGGUGGCACUGGCAAUGAAAGACAAAGAGGCGCCAAAGAAGAUACAAUAAAGUGCAUAAACUUAAAAAAAAAGGAAGAAAAGUUCGUGGCUAAGAGAGGAUUUUAUAAGGAAAGAAAAAGGAAGAACCAAAAAAAAGUUGCGCCCCUUUGUCUCGUAGUGAAGAAAAAAAAAACGAAGAAUUUCCUGAAAAAAAAAGGAUAUUUCUGUGUGAGAUAAUUGGAAUUGUGAUUUUCUUUUUUUUUUGUUGGAAAAGAAAUUGUACGACGGCGAGUUGUUGUUAAAUGUGUUUGGGUAGUGUGUGAAGUGGUGUAUAUAAAUAAAUUUAAAUCAUAUUUAAUAUAUAAAUUUUAUUUAUAAUUGGACGAACACGGCGAAGAGCGAGCAAUUUUGUACCAGCAAACACAAGGUUAUUGCCAUCAUCCACUCGCUUCUAUUUUAGCGACACAAAUAUCAAACAGAAUGGCACAGAAGAGGAAGCAGGAAACCGAGACGCGGCAUGACUGAUUCACAGACACCAAUAGGCCGUGCGCGUUUCGCUAUGAGAAUAGGCAUCGGACGGUGUGAACACAAAAGAGACACGAGAGCCUCACGGUGGGAACGUGUACUGGUGGCGGUAUCCGGGGUGCGGGGUGUGUGGCUGCAGUGAGCGGAGGAUGAGUGGACCCAUGUAGCGUGGCCCUAUGGUGGGCGAACGCGACAGGGAACGGGAAGCGGCGCGCUGGGAACUGGGCGACGGGACGCCGCCCCCCUUCAGCAAUGGCGGACCGCCGCCGAUCGGCUAUGGGUAUAGUGGCGGCAGUGGAGGCUACUGUGAUGAUGGAGCAACGAAUUACCCACACGGGGCACAGGGCGGCCCGGGUAUGGGGAUGUCGGUCGGGAAGGAGGUGCGCUAUGCACCCUUUCCAUCCGUCUCCUCGCCCACUCACUCCAAUCCGACCACAACAUGCCAACAGGCGCCACUACAGCGAGCACAUUCCAGAUCAAUGUCCUCCAUACCACCGGAGCCCUUCAUGAUACAGCGAUCUAAGGCGAUGAAUCGGCGUGUCUCGAUAAAUGUUGGUGGUGUCAAGCAUGAAGUACUGUGGCGUACCCUCGAACGGUUGCCACAUACACGCCUUGGACGCCUGCGGGAGUGUACGACGCACGAAGCAAUUUCCGAAUUGUGCGAUGACUACUCCCUUGUGGACAACGAGUAUUUUUUCGAUAGGCACCCAAAAAGUUUCAGUUCAAUCCUCAAUUUCUACCGUACCGGCAAACUCCAUCUUGUUGACGAAAUGUGCGUGCUGGCGUUCAGUGAUGAUCUCGAAUAUUGGGGCGUCGAUGAGCUGUACCUAGAAUCGUGUUGCCAGCAUAAGUACCAUCAACGCAAAGAACACGUGCACGAGGAGAUGCGUAAGGAGGCUGAGAGUCUGAGGCAGCGCGAAGAGGAAGAAUUUGGUGAGGGAAAAUGUGCACAGUACCAAAAAUACCUUUGGGAAUUACUGGAGAAGCCAAACACGAGUUUAGCAGCGAGGGUGAUCGCAGUGAUUUCCAUCCUGUUCAUUGUCCUGUCGACAGUAGCAUUGACAUUGAACACGCUACCGUCCCUCCAGGCUGACCACAAUGGCACGCCACAGGACAAUCCCGAGCUGGCGAUGGUGGAGGCCGUCUGUAUCUCAUGGUUUACACUUGAAUAUGUAUUAAGAUUCAGUGCAUCUCCGGAUAAAUGGAAAUUUUUCAAAGGCGGCCUCAAUGUGAUAGAUCUUCUUGCCAUUAUGCCAUACUUCGUGUCCCUGUUCCUGUUGGAAACCAACAAGAACGCCACGGACCAGUUCCAGGAUGUGCGCCGGGUGGUGCAGGUUUUCCGCAUCAUGCGCAUCCUGCGAAUCCUCAAGCUGGCCCGCCAUUCCACGGGCCUGCAGUCGCUCGGCUUCACAUUACGCAAUUCAUAUAAGGAGCUCGGUCUGCUCAUGUUGUUCCUGGCAAUGGGCGUUCUCAUAUUCUCAUCCUUGGCAUAUUUUGCCGAAAAGGAUGAGCCCCAAACCAAAUUCAUAUCCAUUCCUGAAACAUUCUGGUGGGCCGGGAUCACGAUGACCACAGUGGGGUACGGGGACAUCUAUCCCACCACUCCGCUAGGCAAGGUCAUUGGCACGGUGUGUUGUAUAUGCGGCGUACUGGUAAUUGCUUUGCCCAUUCCCAUCAUCGUUAAUAAUUUCGCCGAAUUCUAUAAGAAUCAGAUGCGUAGAGAAAAAGCUCUUAAGCGUAGGGAAGCAUUGGAUCGGGCCAAGCGCGAGGGCAGCAUCGUCUCCUUCCAUCAUAUCAAUCUGAGGGACGCAUUCGCCAAGAGUAUGGAUCUCAUUGAUGUCAUCGUAGACACAGGACACAACCUCUCGCAAACUGACGGGAACAGUACGGAAGGCGAAUCAACGUCCGGAAAGAAUCCUGCUAUCACGGGAACAGGCUGCUAUCGCAAUUAUGAUCAUGUGGCGUCCCAUUUAAGGAAUAAUUCAUCUCAGGGAACUGGAGGUGGACAAACUUUAGAUGUAGUCCCGCAGUACAGUCCACUUCUGCAGCAUCGAUUGUUGGAGAGGGAUCGUCAGGAGGAGGAAGCUGAAAUGGAUGAGAAUCAACCAUUAACGCAAAACGAUACACCAGUUCACAAUCCUAUGCAAAUGAUGGCAACAAGAGCGGAGGUGGCCGAACUUCGGCGUCAAGUGGCUAUGGAGCAGCCGCCAAAUGCGAAGAACAAAGACAAACCCGAGACUGAAGUACCGACAGAAUUUGAGUGUUGUUUUUGUACGUCUAAGGAUAUACGUGAUUUUAUCGAUGCUGAGGGCUUAAUGCCACUGCCAACGUCGGAUUUCACCUUCCCCGUGUCGCUGGAAAUGAAAUCCUUCAAUAGUCGCCAAAAUGGUGCCUCGAUGGCCCUUCAGGCGCCACCAGCUGCGUCCUUCAGCACCGUUACGCUACCACUGGAGACCCCGCUGAAAUCCUACGGUACACCAACGGCCACAUCGAUGGGUGGUGCUGCCAAUGGAGACUUAGCGAGUGUAGAUAGCUCCGAUACAUACGCCAGCUGCCAGACACAUCCAUUCCACUCUCAGGGUGAUCUCACGUCCGAUAUGUUGGAUGCAGUUUGUGAUUUUGAUUUAGAAACCAACAAUCUGUACAUUAACCCCCUUGAGGUGAGAUCACAGGUGAAGAAGUCCACAUCUGGCGAUACGGCACUCAGGAACUUGGGUACGAGUCCCGAAGAAGACUUUCAGACACUCCAAGCAUUUGAAGCACCCGAACGGGGAAGUCGUGCAAGUUUGGGUGAGACACCAUCGUUGCCAAAGCACCGUAAGACGCGCUUUCAGCAGCAGAGCUUGAAGUCGAGGACACGCUUUGAAGAUAGCAAGAUGUCCCAGGAGAGUCUCAAUGAGAAUGGCAGCAAGAAGAAUCGUAGAGCUUCCUUUAUGCCCGCUAAGAGCCUCGCUUCGGCAACAAAGCUCAUCAAUCAGCACUUAUUUGGCAUUCAGAGUUCAAGUCCGAAAAAUAAGGGUGACACGAAGUUAUCUUCCUCAAUUGAUUCCAUUGAUUCAUCACCUCAGCUUGAGUCCCAUCGUCGUUCCAAGUCCAUUCUCAAGAACAAAACGGAUGCUGUUAAGGCCCUUGCGGAUCCUGAGAGUGAGCGUCUCUUGUCUGACAAUAUGUCCGGAUCGGGAGUGUCAGACAAUGGAACGAUUGAAGCUGACUACUCCCCCAAUCGAAUGGUAACAGCACUCUCUUCGGCAGCAAUGAUACCUCUUGCGGGGAAGCAUCGCCCACUUCUGCAGCAGCGCUCUGUACCAACUGGAUCGAGUACUCCACCGCUAAAGCCUACGAAAUUCCAAGUGCCACGCUAUCCAGAGGAGCUGAUGGUGCGUCAGGGAAAGUCCACCCUACAGCGCAGCAUGGGGAUUCCCUCGUACAUUGAUAGCUUCUCCAGUGAUGGGAAGUCUGAUUCUGUGCUACGCGACAGUAGCUUAGCUGGAAUUUUUACAGAAUCCGAGACGGCUUUCUCAACUGCAUUCCCAUCGUCAUCCGUUACAAAAGGAGUUGACAAGGAUGAGGAAUUCAAUUCAGGUGAUGAGUGCAGAUCGCUACUGCGUGGAAAUUCAACGGAAAAUCGCGAUUCUAGUUCGUAGCAUUUAAAGGUAAAACAAAUUGUUCCCUUUUAAGCUCCCUCCUUUAGAAAAAAAAAAAAAUGAUUUUAAUGCUCAUUUCGUCCUCUAAUACAGAGAUUUUCGCCAAAUGUAUAGAGAAGCAUAUAAGAGAGAAACGACAAGUAGAGACUUUAAAGAAAAAAAAAUUGACAAAUUGCAUCAAAAAAAUGUUGAGUCUGUAGAAAAGUGCUAAAAAGCUAUAUAUUUUCACAAGCAAGUAAAAAAAAAACUUUGUGUAAAAGAACUUUCAUUUCAACGUUAAAUGCAAAAAUUGAAAAGACACUCCUCCAGGAUAAAAGUUUAUCUGUUUGAAAGCAAUAAAAUUUCUUAUUAUGGAAAUAUUUUUAUGGUGUAAAAUUUUAUACUCAGAGGAUGACUUCUUUACUUUCUCCCUCCUCUUUAACUCUCCCUUACACUCCUCAAAAUAUCCUGGUUGCAAAUCAACAAAUUAUUUCACAUAAAGAAAAAAAGACUCGUCUCGACCUUAAUAAAUAUUCUUUUUCAUCACAGAAAUUUCGUCAAUUUUAUGCAAGAAUAUGUUCAAGUAAAAUGAAGGAGAAUUCUCUUUUUCUCAAAAAUAUACACAACAAAAAAUACUUUAAUGAACUAUCCGAAGGAACAAAAAAAAUUAAAAAUAUGAAAAAGAAAAUUCAUUGAAGAGACAUUAAAAAAAAAUGUUAACGUGAAUGAUGGCUUUUAUCUGUGAUUACAAUUAAAAAAAAAGAUGAAUUAUAUAGAGUUUUAAAACUAUAUUAUUAAACACAGAGAAUAAAAAAUAUAUAGAAGAAAAAAGUCUUAUAUCAAUAAAAAAAUAUUAUUAAAAAAUAAAGAUCAUUACCCUCUCGCAUAAGAAUGUAAAAAAUUGAUGUUUCUUAUGUUUUACCCCAAAACCAUGCAGAUUAAAUUACACCUAAUUUUAGCAUUAUCGUACGUUUUAAAAAGAAAAGCUAGGUUUAAUUAAAUAGGAAUAAUAUAAAUAUAGUUAGUGAAUGGUGAAAAACAAUAAAUUACAAUUAUAUCAAAUUUUUUCGAACAAAAAAAAUAUCUGCCUAAAUUCGGCGUCACUCUAAAAAUAAAAAUUCGCUGCCAAAAUUAUUAAGAAUAUUAUUAAAGCACACCAAAAAUUAAAAAAGGAAUUGUAAAAAAAAACAUUAUCAAAAAUUGGUAUAUCAUGGACGUAAGAGACGUUUUUUUUAUUUGCUUGAAUAUCAUGAGAAAGUUUGAAAAAAAAUCAUUUAUAAUCUUUUAUACAUUAGCUUGUGCACAAGUUUUUUCUAAAAUGAAUUUAACGAAUUCUUUAAUGGCAUUAAAGCGAUAUUUUCACAUUAAUUCAAUUUGCAAUCGUUUUCUUUACGAAUUUGUUAAAUUGAAAUCAAUUUCUUGAAAAAAAAAAUCAAAAUGAAAUUAAACUUAAACCAACCAAAUAAUAAUUAAACUUAAGUAGAAUUUUCUUUUUGAUUUGAUUUUAAAUAAAUUAUAAAAAAAAACUUCGAGAGAGCGCUAAGUCAUGAUUAUUUUCAGAUUACUCACCAUGGCGUUAUCUUGCUUUAUUGAAUUCUUUAAGAAUAUUUGUUACAAAAAUCUCUUUAAUAAUAAUAAUUUAAAUGAUGAUUUUGUCUAAUAACUAUAAUUAAAAAAAAUAUAUACAAAAGAAUAUUACAGACUUCGUGGCUUGUAUCAGCACUUGUAGUAAAGGCCAUACAUGGUCUCAACUGAAAGUGGUGAUAUAAGCGACAAAUUAUUUUAAAAUAGGUAAAGUAAUAGCUUUUAUAAUAAAGUCUUGCCAUUGAAAAAUCUAUAAGGUUUAGCAGGUAGCGUCUUUAGGAGAAAAAUCAUGAAAGUGUCAUGAUGUUGAUCUCUUUGCGAAGAUUUUUUUUUCAUUUGCAAAAGCGUAAAAAUAGGGAAUAAAAUUUUUACUAAAAAAACCUCAAACAAUUUAAAGCGAACAAAAGUAGGGCAAUAAGGAUCCACAUAAAAUAUAGUUUAAAAUAAAAAAAAAUGCUGCCGGAUAAAAAUAUAAAAAUAAAUAACAAAAAAGUAUUGCAAAAUAUCCCCAAAAAAAUUAAGAAAAAAUAUACACAUUAUAGCACGAGUAAAAAUAAUUUUGUGUUGGGUUUUUCUCAUAUUUUCAGAUGAACAUUUCUACAUAGUUUUUUUCCUUUCCAUACAGAUGAUAUUAAAACAUUUUAUUUUUUUCAAAAUAUUCUCUUUACAUGUGCUAUUAAUUAUAUAGUAUACAAAAAUAUUUAAAAACAAAACUGCAACAACAAAAAACAGCUUGAAAUGAGAAAAAACAAUAUUUAUGAGAGUUUGUAAAUAAAAAAAAAAUGAAAAGAAAAUUUAUAAAAGAUAAAAUCAUUCCUUUUGCUUAGAAUUUAGAGAAAAAAUGAGAAUAUACAAAUUUUGUUUUUUUUUAUAAAUAUAUUAAAGAAAAUACUAAUAUAGCUGAGAAAAUAAAUCUUCUACUUCUGGAAACAAGCAAAGCGAAUUUGCGAAAUUUAAAGACAACUUUCCAACAUUUUGAGAAUUAUAUUACGACAAAAACAAUAUAAAAAAUAUUAUUUUAAAGCAUAAUUACUUAAUUUUUUUCAAACAAAUUUUUGCAAAUUUGUUUUCAAUAAAAAUUUUUAUACCGGAUAAAAGCUUAAUAAAUGUGCGUGAAAAAAAUAUUUCGAGAAAUAAAUUGAAGAUGAAAACUUCGAAAAAAUGCCAAGGAAGUGGAUGAGAUCAGCCAAAGUCUGAUUAUGAGAGACAUAUCACAUAAACACUCAUUUACACUAUAAAUUAUACAUUUUAAAAAUAAUGAAAAAAAAAUAAUAAGUUAUUGCGAUAAGAAAUCAUGCUAAGAUUGGAUGGAAAAGACGAUAAAAUUGCAAAGAAUUCGAUGAAAUAUAGGAAAAGAACUUUAAAAAAAAUUGAAUGCUGUGCAAAUUUGGCAAAUUCUUUGAAUGCGCGGGACCUACAUACUUACUUUUAUUUUUUUUUAUUUUUAUUUUAAACUAAAAAAAAUGGAAAGUUUAUUUUGUGAAAAAAAAAUUUAGAAGUUAAUUUUUUAAGUUUACCAUUUCUCAUUGUAAAUUUAACAAUUUGAUUUAAAAAUAAGAACAAUUUUUUUUUGGAAAAUAUGUCUAAAAAUUUCUAAGAUACUUAGAAUUUUUUUCCAGCAAUGUCCUGCAUUAAAGUGAAUUUGUUUCCUUAGAAGGUCACAAGAAGGAAUCAAUAAACAAAAAAGCAAAGAAAUGAUUAAAAAAAAUUAUCAAUUCAUUGCAUAUUUCAAAAACCCAAAAAAAUGAAAAAAAAAACUUGAAAAAAUAGGAUUAAUCAAAUAGAAAUCAUCAUUAAUUAUAUUGUACAUGUAUAUUUACAAUCAUUAUAUAGAUUUAGGGAGGGGUGAAAAAAAACAUAAGCUGUUCUGCAAUAAAAGAAAACUUAUUAUUAAAAAAAAAACUAUUGUGACAAUUAAAAAAAAACAAAUAUGUAUAUGGCUAAAAAGGUGAAAGAAAUACAAAACAUUUGUCGCUCUACAAUGUUAUUAUUAUUAAUAAAAAAAAAAGAUUCUAAUAAAGAUUUUUCAUUUGUUUUUUUAUUAUAUUUUCGUGCACAAUAUAAAUAAAAUCAUACAGAUAUAAUACAUUUUUUUUUAGCUUUUUUUAUCUCUGGAUUAAACAUUCAUAAGUUUAUGAUUUUUCAUUAAUAUAAUUUUUUUU